UGGAUGCUACACUGUUUUUUCAACAUACAACAAAUAACUGACUGUUUCAUCAGAGCAUUUAAAAUUCUAAGUCCCUCAGCUGUCAUUUCUGUUAUAAUUUGAAUUGAUUUGGCAAGGGAGUUGUUGGCAGAGUAUAUUCUGUCAUGGUAGUUAUUGUUGCAUGCAUUAAUCAAAACCCACCUCCCACCUCUCCCGUCUCUGUCAUCUGGAUGAAACAAAGGCUGAUAGAGCAUUUUACUAUGGAACAGACCUGAGGGCAGACGAUCAUCAUCUCUCCUCUGUUCAGGUUUGAGCAGAACAUGGAGAACAGCAGCCUGGCAUGGCCUGGAAAUGAUAACGCUUCUCUUCCUAUUGAGCUACCGUCAUGCGCCACACUGAGGAGCCAGAUCUCACGGAUUUCCCUGUAUGCCUUCCUCUCGGUUGGCACAGGCUGCACUGUCGUGGGCAACUUCUUGGUUGUCUUGUCUAUUUCCUACUUUAAACAGCUACAGUCGCCAACAAAUUCUUUUGUUUUGUCCCUUGCAGUGGCUGACUGCCUUGUUGGGCUGCUGGUGAUGCCUUUUAGCAUGAUUCGGACUGUGGAGGGAUGUUGGUACUUUGGUCCUCUUUUUUGUAGGCUUCACUCCAGCCUAGAUGUCAUGCUGUGUACUGCCUCCAUAUUCCAUCUCAGUUGCAUUGCCUUUGAUCGGUAUUAUGCAGUCUGCAAUCCCCUGGUUUACUCCCUAAAGAUGUCCAACAGUCAUGUAGCUCUCCUCAUUGCCAUUUGUUGGACUGUUCCUAUGCUCAUCUCGUUUGGCCCCAUAAUGCUAGAUCUUCACGUUGCUGAUGUUGACAUCUUUAUUCCUUCAGACGUGUGUGUGUUCUUGGUCAGCCGCGUUUAUGCUGUCAUGGCCUCUUUGGUAGCCUUUUACUUGCCUAUGGCUGUUAUGCUCGUGGCAUAUUGGAAGAUCUUCAAAGCUGCAAAGCGACAGGCCAAGCAGAUUAGUGCCAUGGAAAGCCAAAUGGCUGCUGGAGUGGGCAAAGACUCGAGCAAGAAAAAAAGACACCGCAAUACGAUGAAGAGGGAAGGAAAGGCUGCAAAAACUUUAGGCAUCAUAAUGGGAGUUUUCCUUAUCUUCUGGAUGCCUUUCUUCACUGUCAACAUUGUGGAUCCGUUCAUUGAGUACACCACCGAAGGGGUCGUCUGGGAUGUUUUUCUCUGGUUGGGAUAUAUAAACUCAUCUUUAAAUCCCUUCCUGUAUGGAUUUUUCAAUCGCUGCUUUCGUAGGGCAUUUCUCAUGUUUCUCAGCUGCAGGGUGUGUCUGCCUGGAAUAUCGUCUGGAAUGGAGUUGUCACAUUCCAAGAAAGAGAAAAACUAAUGUCGAGAGUCAUUGUGAAAUUAAGGUAUCUGUGCAUGUUACGUGGAGUUAUAAAAACCUCAAGUAAGAGCAAGAUGUUUGGGUGAUAUUAUUUGCAAAAAUUGAACUCCAGUACACUAGCCAGACCCCUGAGAGGACAGCAGACCCAGCCUGACCACCUCCAUAAAAAAUGUCUAUCUCCACCACUAGGUAGAGGCUACCUAACCCUUAAAAAUUUUAAUUACAUUUUAAUUAAAGUCCUUCCAGUGAAAACAAUUAGUCUCAUAAACAAAUUUUUCUGAGAACAGGUUUCAAACUGUCAUUUUUUCUUUCUAAAUGUGAACAGCAGAAGGCUUUUGUGUUUCUCUUAUGAAAAGUUUCAGUUGAUCAUGGUUACCAUUGCACACACUGAGUACUGCACACUGUCGUAAGCUGCAGGCAAUGUUUGUGGUGAACAUUGUCUUUUGUCUGAUAUGAAAUGUAAAUGCUUUCAAUAUUCUUCUGCCAUGUAUGGAAAAAAGUUUGCAUAUUUUAUCUUUUGCAUAUUUUGCAAAAGACUAAUGUAAAUGAACUAUGUCAUGUUUUACUAAAUCCGAUUUAAGAUGAUAAAGUUUCUAUUCCGUUCUGUUCUAUUUUAAUUUGCAGCAGUGAGCAUUUAAUGGUACCGGUAUGAAUUUAAAUGGAAAAUACAAUUCAGUUUAUUUUUGGCCAGUAUUAAGAUUUUCAUAAAAAAUUAC